AUGGAGGCAGGACGGGAUUUCAGCAGCAUCAUUCAUUCACCGCCGUUUACUUUUCUUGUCGGUGCCAAUCACACGCAGCUGACCGUUCAGUCCGGUCUUGCCCGCCAUGUCUCCAAACCGUUAGAUCAUCUCAUGAGCAGUGGCGAGACUCGUGAGUCCAAGCACCAUAUUGCCGUUUUGGAGGAAGAGGAUGUCGAGACCUUUGUGGCCUUCUGCGAGUAUGCAUACACUGGGGACUACCGUGUACCUCCCCCGGGAUCUCGCGAGGAGGUGCAGGAACAGAAGCCGGUCAACAAUCCCUUCAAGGGCGUGUUCUCUGAAGAGCCCGUUUCUCCUAUUUCGCCACAUGUUCCAUCAACGAGAUAUAACGAAGCUCCCCAAGCUCAAGGAUAUGAUGGGCCGGGUGGCUAUGAUCCACCUCAUGGCGAGAAAGCGCCUCACGCGGCACAUCCUAUUGACAGCUAUGGUGAAAACACAACUUAUCCUGGAGGUGACUCGUUAGCACCCCCGAAUCCAGACCAAGCAGCUUCCUCCGAAGAGGAAGUAAAACAGCAACCUAUCCCUCCAGCUGCAGAGCAAGGGGACCCGUGGGACUCCAAUGCAGGCGCAUCCGCGGCCAAAAAGGGCAAGAAAAACAAGAAGGGCAAGAAUAAACAGAAGGCCACAUCGACUGAGGAGCCAACUACCAGUCUGACCACCCCACCGUCUACCCCUCCUCCCGAGCACCUGCAACAGGACCCUCCUGAGGCCACUGAAGAGCAAGAUGGAUGGGGUCUGGAGCCCGCGGAUCCCGCCAACAAUGCUCCGUCCGGGAUGGCUGAGAGCUGGGAGUAUACUGCUCCGACUCCACCGGAAGAGGAACAGAACAAGACAGAUGAGAAAGAGGAGACGAGCCAGGACUACGAACAGGGGGCCGAGACGGGGCCCAUGAUCGACAACUCCUUCGCCAAACAGCACUUCAAUAGCCACCACGAGUCUGGCUUCAGCCUGUGGGAUGAGUUUUCCGCCAUGGACUAUAUCGACCCUCGCGCAUUGGAAGGUACCAGACCUCCCAGUGCCCUCUCCACUCAGUCAAGCCGAUCAGGGUUGCCGUAUCUCAUCUUUCACGCCAAGCUGUACGUCUUUGCGACGCGCUAUUUGAUUCCGGCGCUGGCCCAAUUAUGCCUGCGCAAGCUACAUAGGGACCUUCUACUUUUGGCAUUCCCUGACGAUGCCCAGCCCGAUAGUCAGGAUGACGGACUAAUAACUCUGAAGGCCCGAAUGGUCCUCGACCUGCUCCACUACACCUAUACCAAGACCACUCGUCUCGAGCCCAUCUCACCCACCUCUGCCACUCAGCUUCGAGACAACGAACUACGCAAGCUGGUGAUCCAUUAUGCGGCAUGCAAAGUGCGCGACCUGGCCAGAUAUUGUCCGCCAACCGAACCGACGGUGGGUUCUCCUUCGAGCUACCCGGAGAAGCCGUCGGCGCGCGGGUUGCGAGCGUUGAUGGAUACGACCCCCGAACUGGCUUCCGAUUUGGUCUAUCGGAUGAUGUGA